UUGAGAGCCAACUAGUUUAGUUGCGGUGCGAGUGGACACUCGGAGCCCGGGCGUUUUGAGUAGUCGCAGACGCCGCGCCGAGUCGCACGUAUCGUCCAGCCAUUUUCGACGAUCCUUCGCCAGCCGGGAGUCGCUAUGAAGCUCGUCCUCGGACUCCUCGCCUUUGGGUUUCUCGUCAGCGCCGAAGCCGCGCCCGACAAGCCCAUCUGUCUCAAGACCAAUAUUGACUGCAUUUAUAGCACGGAAUGUUGUUCCGGAUGCUGUUUAGAGAACAAAUGCGUCGAAUAUGCCGAUUCAUGCCAGAGUGAUUUAGCCAAACUCGGAGCAGGAAAGGGUGGACCUUGUGCAAAUCUUGAUCCUCCAUGUAAAGCAUCUCAUACUUGCGUCCUACAGCAGCCGCAAUGCGUUCGUGCUCCUUGUAAACCGGUGCCGACUUGCGUACCUCCCGAUUAUCACGAUUAUGAUUAGAAGACUUUGUCAUUAUGAUUCGUAUGAUAAAUCAAC